UGACGAGUUUUCCUAUAUGGGUUCAGUAAUCAUGUAUGAUGCGGCGAGGGUGCCAUCUCCUAAGGAUGGUGAGAACGGGAUGGCCCAGCCCGUGGUCCCCGGGGCAGGACCAGGACCAGGACCAGCUGCAGGAUCAGGAGGGCCUGCACCGAACACAGUCCUACAGGCGAAAACAGAGGAGGGACAGCCAGGUACAGAGGAGGAGGAGGAGGAGGAGGAGGAGCAGCCCAAAGCAGAACCCGUCCUGGUGAAGAAGCCACACCGAGAGAUCCUGGACCAUGAGAGGAAGAGGAGGGUAGAGCUCAAAUGUAUGGAGCUCCAGGAGAUGAUGGAGGAGCAGGGGUACACAGAGGAAGAGAUUCGGCAGAAAGUGAGCACAUUCAGACAAAUGCUGAUGGACAAGGAGGGCGUCAUCACCAGAGAUGGUCCACACACACAACCAGUGGUCAACCACCUGCACUAUCAGCCUGACGGGUAUGAAGAGAACCCUGAAUUGGUUGGCUAUGAAGACGGAGACUAUGACCACGAUUACCACAGUGACAAUCGAGUGAAGAGGAAAUCAAGCAGCUCUCCAUCCCCUCGUCCAAAGAAAAGGAAGAAGAAGAAAUCUGGCCGCCGAAGGAGUCGGUUUGGCAGCUCCUCACCCACUCACAGAGAGAAGAAGAAAAAGAGUGGGAAGAAACACAAGCGAGACAGAUCUGCAUCUGGCUCCAGGAAAAAGAGGAGAUACAGGUCGGGCAGCCCAAAGAACAAACACAAAGACAAGAACAAACAGAAAAAGAGGUCCCCUGGUGAGACCCCCAGUAGGAGUUCACAGCGUCAAGGCAGCUGCUGUAGCUCCCGAAGCGCUUCCCUGUCGUCCACUCGGAGCACCUCCAAAUCUCCUGCCAGGCUGAACUCCAAGCACAAGACGGACGGACAAAAGGCGUCCAGCACCUCACUGUCCCCGGGCACCAACACCCCCGCCGCGUGGCACAACGGAGACCACACCCAGCGGAGCCGCAACGGCAAGGCCGGCAGACUCAACCACGGCGAGAAAGGGCACGAUAAGCUUCGUCUGCUGACUGCUAACUCUGCCAGCAUCCAGGCCACCCUGCUGAGAGAGCACAAGCUCCACAGCGCCCCCAGCAGGGGCCAAACGGGACAGAUGUGCGCCGCAGGAGAGGCUGGCAGUGUGGAUGGCAGGAACACAGCUGUAGGGAGCUCCAUAACCCAGACGACAGGGAGAAGAGGGAGCCAGAGAGGCCAGAAUAAGAACUCCCACUCCCCUGCUCACAGCAGUGACUCAACCCACUCGCAGCACAACCACACUCACAGAGGGAGGAACUCUCGUCACCACAGAAAGACAAAAGGCGGUCACUCUUCCAAGCGUCACCACCGCUCCAGUCGGGGUCAGGCACACCACCGGAGCCCGUCGGCAUCUCCAGGACGCCACCCGCACACGUCGGGCAAGAAGAAAGAGGAGUCCCGGAGCAAAGCCAACCUCCGGCAGCGCAGCAGCUCCUGGAGCAGCGGGCGCUCAUCCUCGCGCUCCGCCUCCAGAGACAGAGGCCCCAGCAAAGCCAAGUCCCCACACAACAGGCAGAACAACUCCAGAGAGAAGGACAGCCCUAACCGCUCCGACACCGACAGCCGAGCUCGCCGCCGCUCACGCAGCUACUCGCCCAUUCGCAAGAGGAGAAGAGAUUCACCCAGCUUCAUGGAGGCUCGCAGGAUCACCAGUGCUCGGAAGCGGCCGAUCCCGUACUACCGUCCCAGUCCUUCGUCAUCCAGCUUGGACAGCAGCCCGUCGCGGUCUAGUCGCAGCCGUAGCCGCAGCUACAGCAGCUACAGCCGCAGCAGAAGCCACAGCCGAAGCCACAACCGGAGCCUCAGCAGAAGCCGGAGCCGCAGCCAGAGCCGGAGCUGGAGCCGCAGCAAGAGUCGCUCCCGCAGCCACCACAGUUACUACAGCCGCAGCAGCUACGACAGCCCCGGCUUCUGAGUGCAACACGCACAGCAUGGAAGGGAAAUGAAAAGAAACAGAGAAGAAGUCCUGUUAAAUUUACUGUGCUCUGAUUCACUCAUUACGUAUCUUUAACAAAGCUCUCCACAGUGCCCACACUGCUGUACAGCCCAGGGUCCAAGCUCCCCGACCCUAGACCUUCAUCUCUUUCUGACAACGAGCCUGGGUCAAAGAGGAUCAUUUUUUAUUUAUUUUAUUUUUAUUUUGACAUAGCACAUUACUAUAAAAUUGGCUGUCACUGUUCAUAACUUCACGUAAACAAGGUAUUAAAAGAAAAUGGGUUACCACAUUGUCAAAAGUUUAUUUGGUAAAGCCCAAAGAACAAAUCUCGAUGUAUGUUAGCACUUUCUUUCUCUUCUUCCACAACGCAACCAAAAAUGAAUUAAUUAAAAACAAUAUGCUAUAUAAAUAUU